GAAAAAGGCGAGCGCACGCAACGACGCGCGAGCAUGGCUCGACGGAGUAGCCGAGCGCUCUUGGUCGCCGUGGUCUCUUUCGUCGUCUGCUAUCGGCGCCAUCCGUCAAACGCCGCGGCUACCCCGGAUAAGGAUCUUCGGCCGCUGACGCAGUCCGAGCUGUCCAAGCUGCUGGCCGACCUGCUGGCCCUGAACCCGGACACGGCCGACUGUCCGGCGCCUCGGGUUCCCGUGCCUCGCACCCGGUGCCGCGCCCAGCCCUGUUCGAGCGACGACGACUGCCGCUGGAACAGCCACCGCUGCUGCUUCAACGGGUGCGUGUUCACCUGCCUGCCGAAGCUGGCGCCGCCACCAGUUAUUGACUGGACGAAAGAAGCUCGCCCGAGCAACACAAGCAAGGCGCUGAAGCACUUCACCGGCAUUGCAUGCAGCACGGCGCCAGUGUACGCGCCCGCAGCGCCGCUGCAGUGCCCCGAGGGCAUGGUGUGCGUCACCAAGGAUGUCGGAGACCCGCUCACCGGACAGCCCAGCAUGGGCGAGUGCAUCGUCGACCCGCACGCCAUGACCACACUAUCUUCUGGUGAUGGCAGCCAAUCACAACUGGAGAGCUUGGGCAGUGAAACAGUAUUCCUUCCUGGUGGAUGCAUCCUAACCAAGGAGCAGUACAAGAGCAUGGAAGAGUUCAAGCAGAAGCCGUACAUCACUGGAUGUACGUGCAAGCAAGGCUCCGUGGAAUGCAAGAUCUCAACAGAAAAGAGCUUUGAACGCAAACGACCAAAGAAGCGGUGAUGAUCAGCGGUGUUCCCAAGCACAUCGUCUAGGAAUCCAUCAUCUGUAUAUAGUGUACAUAGCGUGUAGAAAGGAGCUUGGCGACGUGUUGAGAUUGGUGACACUGCCUUGACAACAGCUCGGAGAGCAGCGUCAACCUGCACGAGAGGCCAGGCAUGACGAUUCGUGACAUCGGUGUUGAGAAGCCUGUAUGAGUGUGUGUCGAGGCUGGAACAAUGCCCUGAUUCUUUUAGUUUAAUUGUAUGUGGUAAUGCGUUCUCGUUAGUGUUGGCACUUGGUCCGCUCUGUGCCGAAUAUAAUGGUGGUACAACAUGACUUACGGCCUCCAGAAAAAAAGUGAUCAGAGUUCCAGUGGAAUGGAAAGAGAACCUAGUGAAAGAUUUUUUCAAAUGCUGGCGCAUGGGGCUUUGCAGAGUGAUGAGAUGAAGAUAAUACACAGCGAGAAUCGUAAAGUGCACAGUGCCAGACAAGAAACGAAUUUUAAUCUCGUUCCUUCCAGGAGAGAUAAAAAGGUGAAUAAAAAUUAAACAGUAAAGAAAACAAAAUUAUCAAAAGAAGGAAGCAGAGCGUCAGUGGUGAGCUUCUGGUGCACUACCUCCUUUCCUGGGUGUGACAAGGCAACGAGUGGUAACUGAUUUCGUUUGAUCUUCUGUUCAUCGCUGUUUGUCUCCCAAUCCAUUUUAUUCUACAGAUGACAUUGCUUUUGAGUCAGGGGCACUGCCAUUUUGGGCUUUUAGUACAUGAUUUAUUUCGCACAGUUCCUGACGUCAAACGAACGAGGUCACAAAAUGCCACACACGUUUGUACGGCCCUUUUCGUGCAUCUGAGCUCGCUAUAGUACCAUUCAUCAAGUUGGUACGGAUAAAAUACGGCAACAUUCACAGCCCAAGAUGGCAAUGCUCGAACACAUUUAUAACAGUUUUACAUCAAUCUUAUUACCAUUUCCUUAUCGUGUGUUAAUGCUAAUGUUAAUUGAAGCUAUGUUUCACUGUAGUGUUUGGUUUCCGGAUACACUUGCACUUCAAGUGUGUCUUAACAGACCACAAAGAACUAUGUCAGGAAAGAUUAAAUGCUUAGAAACUAGGUACGAAGCUGCUAUACAUGUACUACUAUGUGUGGGUUAAUUUUUCAACCACGUACCCGUGUGCAGGGAACAGAAUCACUGCAUCAUUUCAGCCCAAAAAAAUUGAAAAGGCAGGCACUCAAUGUGCUAGCCUUGGCGUAAGUCUGACACGAGAAAAAAAAAUGUUUCCGUGGUUUUCACGUCAGCGAAUCAAGGUGUGGUUGGUUGUGAUGGAUGGGAAAAACAACAGGGGCAAUGCAUCUUUUUCUUUUUCUAUGCUUUAUGAUAACAAAGUGCCUUGUGUGGUGGUUGUGAUCAAUGUUGUACUUUGUAAAAAUACAACCAUUCAUCCGUGAAAUUAGCCAUAUUUUGUAGAAGUGUUGUCGAAAUUAGAUGAAAUUUAACCUUCUCACGCGAUUAGCUUCUGAGCCAACUUUUAUAGAAUAUGCAGCAAUUUGUGUUUUAAGGCGUUACGAGUGAGCCUGACACCGUCAAGCUCAUUUAGUAUAUCAAGGUACACGUACUCAAGCAUUUGGUUGGAUCACUACCAAUGGUGGAAAACAGAGCAGCCCUCAUACGGAAUUAAUGUGAGAGUCACUAAGAAAUUCGUACCAUCUCUCAUUAAUGUAUAAGUUCGAGUUAAGCCAGAAGAGCUUACGUGUUGUGUUCCACUAAUCCUCCCAUUCAAGGAAUAGCUGAGUGAAAUCGUGCUGGAGUCACACGAGUAGCUAUGAGAGCAUUUCGCUAAGGUGCGCAGUAGCCAGCUGUCACACUGACUCGGCCGCAGAGAAGUGUAGGUUUUGCUGGAAAGUAUGUAAUUACUGCAACAAAGUAGUGUGUACUAGCAUAUAUAUAUUUUAACUGCUCUAUACGAGAUCACAGCUCUGGCUGCCAUUACCUCUAAAACACAAGAAUCGAUUCAGACCAAGAUAAUCGAUAUACAAUCAUAGUACUAAUGUAAUGCUGACAAAAUACUCCACUUCUCGGACAUCUGUCGAUCAAGUUCUCCAAACGAGGAAAAAAAAAAAAAGCCAAACCGCACCCGUGCACUGUCCUGCAGAACAUAACUAGUUUCAGAGAAAAAAAAAAUAAGCUCCACAACAACUUUCUGUGCAAUUGUGAUGCUGUAUAGAAAGCGUGUGUGAUUUGUUUACGAUUGUGCGUGUGUUGUCAAGUUUUCAGUCCAAUAAAAGUGAGAUGUGAAUAAAUGAGUUUGUAAAAAAAA